AUGUCUCAGUGGGCCUCCAGCUCCUCUAGCGGAAACUCUCGGUUCACCUUCGUGUCGGGGUACGUCCAGUCGGAAGCUCGAAGUCACGCCAUGCGGGAGCAUUGGAAGCAUCGGCACAAGCGCAACCAACAGGCAAAGUCGGAUCGCGGCAAGAAAGUAUCUCGGAAUCUGCUCCCCCGUUUGACGAGUGGCGAUGGGUCCUCGUUGGCGAAAGCACAGCCGGGUCCCGCGGAGAUAGAGAAGGAGGAAAAGAGAAAGAACGGCACUGUCAGGACCGGGAUCCCUGCCCAGUUGUUGUGCGGGAUGAGCUAUGCGCUGGCGAGCUCGAGGCCGGACCCAUUUCAGACUUGUCCGAUUCAUCUGACAAGCCAGCAUCAGCGACUACUGCAUCAUUGGAUUGGCACCCAUGCCGCGAUGAUGUUCGAGGAGCUGGAUGUUACCGAGUUUAAUCCGAUGAGAGAUGUUUGGUUCCCGCUAGACCUUUCGAAUGCAGCCUCUUUCAAUUGCAUAAUGGCGCAUUCGGCUGCACACUUGGCUCAUCUGUAUACUGGCUCCCCACCGCGGCGCGGGAUGAUUUCUUCGGACGCGCUCAAAUAUAAAAUCGAGGCCGUUAAAAUCUUACGCAUUUGGCUUGCUGACCCUGCGAGGGCGCUCUGUGAUGAUUCCUUUGCUGCUACUGUCCGUCUCCUCACAUUUGAACGAUACUGGGGCACAGUGGCCGAUUGGAAAAUCCACCGAGAUGGUCUCCAGCGGAUGGUUGAGGCCAAAGGCGGAGUUCAGGCCCUGCGCGAGAACUGGCGCCUGGAACUCGUUGUUUACCUGUGCGUGCAGCUGACGAGGAGUGAGGUGUGA